AUGCAUUUAAGUUUUAGCAAAUUUCUACAAUCAAAUUUUCCUCAUAAAAGUGUAUUGAGCUUAUCCAAUGCUAUUGUUGGUGCAUCUGUUCUUUCAAUGCCUUAUUGUUUUCAAGAAUGUGGUAUUAUUCUAGCAACAUUAUUAAUGAUUACUUGUGCGAUAAUCACAUCAUAUUCAUGUAAAAUACUUAUUGCAAGUGCUCAAGCUACUCAUUCAACAACAUACGAAUAUUUAGGAUUACGAGCAAUGGGACGUUCAAUGAAAUUUAUGGUCGAAUUGAGUUCUAUUGGCCUUCUAUGUGGUUCAAUAGUAGCUUAUCAAAUGAUUAUAGGUGAUCUUGGUUCAACCGCUAUUUCACAAGGAUUUCAUAUAACGAACUCACCAUUCAUACGAGCUUGUGUAAUAUUAAUAUUAACAUGUACGGUUUCAUUUCCAUUAAGUUUAUCUGAAAGAUUUGAUCAUUUAAUACCAAUAUCAAUUCAAUCGAUUAUUUUUUAUCUUCUAUUUUGUAUAUAUACAUUUUCUCAAUUAUGGUUCAAUUCAGAAACAGUAUCAUUCAAUAUGGAUAAACUUAUUUAUUGGAAAUGGAGUGGUUUAUUUAUUAGUUUACCUAUUGUUUCACUCUCAUUUUCAUGUCAAACAAUGUUAUUUGUCGUUUUUUCUGAAUUAUCAGAGUCAACAUCUCAUGCAAUAAAUGAUAUUAUUGAUUUAUCAGUUACACUCGUUGGACUUAUUUACUUUAUUACUGGUCUUUUUGGUUAUUUAGCAUUUUUUUCAAUCUAUGAAACAAUACCUGGUAAUAUAAUGCAAAUAUUUCCAAAAAAUUUAUUUCAACAAAUAUUUCUAUGGGGUUUUUUACUUAAUUGCACGACUGGAAUUCCAUUUAUGGUUAAUCCAACACGUGGAAGUUUAUUUACAUUAUGGAGUGAUCGACAGCAACAAUCUCUUUUUGGAGAAUGUCAUAUUAUUCCACGACGAUUAUUUAUUAUUUUUACAGCAAUUAUUGUUUUUAUACCAACAUUUAUUGCAAUUUGCAUUCCAAAUUUGGAAUUUGCAUUAGCAUUAACAGGUGCAACUAGUGGACAACUAAUUUGUUACAUUCUCCCUGCGAUUAUUGCUCUUUAUGUUAUGCCGAAUGGAACUGAUAUUCUUAAAACUAAAAUAUUAAUGAUACUUGGUAUUAUUUCACUCGUUAUUUGUACUAUUAUGACAUUUAAAAAAGAACUUGUGGAAGAUAAUAUUCCAAAACUCUUACCUCUAAUAACAACGACAGUUAGUCAUACUUUAAGUGUAAUGGUAUGA